AUGUUUCAUUCACUUAUUCUUUCUAUUAUUGCUAUUCUCGGCUUUUGUGGAGCUCAAUUUCCAUCAAUUCAAAAUCAAAAUGGAAUGCAGCCUUGCACUGGCCUCCUUCAAUGUGGACUUGGGCGGAUCUGCUGUGUCCCAUUUCAACUCCCAACUUUGACAAUUCCAGCUCAAACACAACAGCAAAUCGGCGUCUGCCAAUCUCUUUACUGCCCAAUCGGUCAAGUUCCUAUUGUUGCUCUC